AUGAAAGCAUUACAUUUUUUUUCAAACACUAAAAAGGUUCAACUGGUUAAAUUACCUAUUCCAAAAAUUACAGAACCUAGUGAUGUUUUAGUCAAAAUUGCGUAUUCAGGCAUCUGCGGAACCGAUAUCCACAUAAUGAAGGGCAAAUUUCCCACUAGAGAAGGUCCAUUGAUAUUGGGACACGAAUUUUCCGGAACAGUUGUGGAGUUAGGGGAAAAUGUAACGACAUUUAAAAAGGGAGAUAAAAUUGCGGUAGAUCCAAAUAAUUCAUGUAGAUCCUGUCAAAGCUGUCAUUUAGGAAAACCACAUUUUUGCACUGGCACCAACAAUAAUAUCGGAACAUUUGCAGACGGCGGUUUUUCUGAAUACGUCGUCGUACCUGGACAUAUGGUCCACAAAUUACCAGAAGUAGUAAAUCUCAAACAAGCUGCAUUAGCCGAACCUCUAUCUUUUAUAUCACAUGGUUACGAUGUCAUAGAACCAAUACCAGUCGGAUCAAAAAUUUUGAUAACAGGAACUGGAAUCAUUGGUACUUUAUGGGCUUGUGUCUUGCAUCUGAAAGGCCACAGAAAUGUUACCAUAUGCGAACCUAAUAAGGCUAGAUUGGAUAUUAUAAAAAAAUUGGAAUUGGGUUUUACUUUGUUGACACCUGAAGAGCUGAAAGAAAAUCGUACGAAAAAUUCGAAUUAUGCUUUUAAUUUUGUUAUAGACUGCAGUGGAUACGCCCCGAUUAUAGAAUAUGGAAUAAAUUUACUGCAGAAAUGUGGUAAACAUUGUUGCUUUGGAGUGGCAUCACCCGAAGCAGAAAUAAAAAUCAAUCCAUUUAAAAUGUUCUUCAAUGAAUGGACUAUAGUCGGAUCAAAAAUUAACCCUUACAGCUUUCCCAAAGCGCUUGGAUUGCUUGAAGCAAUGAGUGACAGGUACGUUGACUUUCAAAAAAUGGGCAUAAAAAUUUACAAGUUGGAUGAAUAUGCAAAAGCUUUUAGUGAAUUAAUAAAUGGGACUGUUUUGAAGGUAGUUUUUCAAUUCAAAUAA